UAUUGUCACUGACAGUCGGAUUAUUCCUCAGCAGCAGCAGCAGCCUCUUCCUCCGCUCUCCGGCGGACAUGCGGACUCUCGGGGCGGAUCUAUGAUUCCCGCAGCAUCGCGGCUUCUCUGCACGGGUUCUGAUCCAGAGAUGUUGCCACGCCUUCACACCUGAUCCGUCAGAUUGAACAAGAAACGGGAUAAAAACGAUACUUCCCCUUCCACCAGUCUGACCAGUCUGACCAGUCUAGUUCCAUCAUCCAGACCUGGAACCCAGCUGUUGUUUUUCCGGGGCUUUCCAUUGUUCCUCAGCGGGUUCUUCAGAGGUUCCCCGUGGUGUUCUGCUCAGCUCCUCUCGCCUUGGCGCCUUGAACCUUCAUGCGUCUCUUAGCGGCAGACUCCGCCCACCACGCCGCCGCCGCCGCCCGGACCAUGAGCUGUGAACAGGAGUUUGGAGACGGGGCCAUGGCGGUCACGCUCACGCUUCGCCUCCUCAUGCAUGGAAAGGAAGUUGGGAGUAUUAUUGGAAAGAAAGGAGAAACCGUGAAGAGAAUACGAGAAGAGAGCGGCGCCAGGAUCAACAUCUCUGAGGGUUCCUGUCCGGAGAGGAUCAUCACCAUCACCGGUCCGACAGACUGCGUGUUCCGAGCUUUCACCAUGAUCACCUUCAAACUGGAGGAGGACCUGGCGGCGCUGGUAGCUAACGGCACGGUGACCAGCAAACCUCCGGUCACGCUGCGGCUCGUCAUCCCGGCCAGCCAGUGCGGCUCGCUCAUUGGCAAAGGAGGGUCAAAGAUCAAGGAGAUCAGAGAGACAACAGGUGCGCAGGUUCAGGUGGCCGGCGACCUUCUCCCCAACUCCACGGAGAGAGAGGUGACGAUAUCCGGAGGGCAGGAUGCCAUCAUCCAGUGUGUGAAGCUGAUCUGCACGGUAAUCCUGGAGUCUCCACCGAAAGGAGCAACCAUUCCAUACCGGCCUAGUCCAAGUCCAGGAACGGUGCUGCUGGCAGGAAACCAGGUGUUCGAGGCCUCGGACUUCGGAUCUCACCCGCUGUUCUCCAUGGCUCAGGGCGGAUUGGACCUGCAGCAGACGUACGCGGUUCAGAGCCACUACGGCAUUCCACAUUCAGAGUUAGUGAAGCUGCAGCAGCUGUCCAUGCAGCAGCAGGGCCUGGCGUCCAUCAGCCAGGCGGCCACCGUCCUGUCCGGAGCGGUGGAAGCGAAUUCCCAAACCACGUCUCAGGAGCUCCUCAUUCCGAACGAUCUGAUUGGAUCAAUCAUCGGUCGCCAGGGAACCAAAAUAAAUGAAAUCCGGCAGGUGUCUGGGGCUCAGAUCAAGAUCGGCAGUCAGAUCGACAGCAGCAGCGACCGCCAUGUGACCAUCACCGGCACGCCGAUCGCCAUCAACCUGGCUCAGUAUUUAAUCACCUCAUGUUUAGAGACCGCCAAAUCCACCGCCCAGUCCUCCUCCAUGUCGUCUCCCGUUGACCUGACCAUGAGCUUCACCCAGCCCGCCCCCCCCGCCUCCCCGCCUCGUCCUCCUCCCUCCUCCUCCCCCUCGGCAGCGAUGGGUGCUGCACUGCCCCACGCUCCGAUCCUGGGCGCCCCCUACGCCCUUCCCCUCUCCAGCCUCCUGGGAGUGAAAUCCAUCCCCUACCUGGCACUGUCCACCCCUCCCGCCUCCGCAGCAGCAACGGCGGCGGUUCCCGUCCCGGCUCACGCGGCGGCCGCGCUGGCGUCCUACACGGCCAAGAUCUCCUCCGCCAAUGGGAUGAAGAAGCCGGAGAGACAGAAGUUUUCUCCGUACUGA